AUGGGUCAACUCACAAUUUUCCACUUUGUUUGUACAUUGUUGGCGUGUUAUCUUUCGACAUCUGUGACUGGCCAUGACAUGGUCUCGGAUACAUGUUCUUAUACAUUUCAAGUUUGGAGACCGGAUGAAAAUAUUGAACACAAGGUGAGAUAUUUAGAGCUAGAAUUUGCUAAUAUGUCAUCUUUUCUUGACAAAACAUUAUUACAAUUUCGAAACGAAAUUCAUACAGAAAUGCAUUUGUGUCAUAAGAACAGAACUUCUAGAGGUGGCAGACGAGCAGGGUCAAAAGUCAAAGAAAGGGCUUUGAAUUCAGGAUUUUCUGGAUUUCAAAGAGAGCUUAAUGACAUGGUGAGAAGGCUUGACCAUCUCACAACGGACUAUGCGAGCUUAAAGAACAGACUUUCAACUUCACCAGCUCCUCAAAGAGCUGGACAAAUGGGAUUUUCAAGCAGCAAUCAGGUAGAACAUGUACAAACAUCUGCUCUAGAAAACGGCGUAAAUGAUUUGAAAGCAGAAUGGAUCCUCAUGAAACGGGACCUUUUGCACCUAAAUUCAGAAAACUCUCACAUCAAGCACGCCCAAAACCGAAUCCAAAAAGAUUCAAUGUCUUUGAACAAAUCUAUAAAUUCAUUAGGUACGAAACUAAAAUCCCUGGAGGUGGAGUUGACUACUGGUGUCCCGAGCCUUAGGGGUCGUCACAAUCAAGCUGACUCCGGAAUACAAGAUAGUUCGAGUUUACGGGAUUCACAUAGGAGAAUGGAGAUAGACAUAUCAAACCUUAACAAUGGGCUUCAAAAUCUACGUACAUCACUUAAGAAAGUUAAGGACAGCAUGGCUCUUCUGAGGAAUGAUAAUGUUAAUUUAAAAAGAAUGAUUGUAGAUGCUUCUAAAGGAAAGACACUUAAUGGCGGUAAAACCAAUGUGGUUGAGCUUAUGGAUCGCACUCUCGGAUCAACCCCUACAGAUUGCCAUGACCUUAAAGAACUCGGAUAUGACGUAAGUGGAGUUUAUCAAAUCAAGCCGCGAACGGCGAUCGCGCAGGAUGAUGUUUACUGCCAAUUUGUAAACAAUACCGCAUACACCGUAUUGCAACGCCGUACAAAUGGGCUAAUCAACUUUGAACGCAGAUGGAUUGAGUAUAAAUAUGGCUUCGGCAACCUGUACGAUGAACAUUGGAUCGGGAACGAAGUCAUCCAUCGACUGACACAGCAAGAGAACUACAUUUUGCGGAUUGACAUGUGGGACUGGGAGGGUAAUCAGGCAUAUGCAGAGUACGAAGGAUUCCGUCUCGACGGCCAAGACCGCGACUUUACCUUACAUGUUGGCGAUUAUCGCGGGAACGCCGGAGACUCGUUAAGUUAUCAUAACGGUAUGAAGUUCAGCACAGAAGAUGUUGACAAUGACUUGAAUAUGCGCAAAUGUGCAGUUGAUUGCAAGGCGGGAUGGUGGUUCAACACAUGUUAUCUGAGUAACCUAAACGGUAAGUACCGGACAGGUUGGUACUCACAUUCUCAGUCCUCCUUCAAUGACGGCAUCGUUUGGUAUACACUCAAAGAAUCUGAUGACUACUCACUCCGAAAGGUCGAGAUGAAGAUUAAGAGAGCGACAUGA